GCAACGGCUAGCAGUCACCGCCUCCUGCAAGUGCCAGAGCUUGUCCCGCAGCGCGGAGGCUGCAGUGGCAUUAGCCGCGGAGCUGGCCCUGCGGGACCCCGGGGGGGAGGGGGAGACGCAAAGCCCCCGCUGAGGCCGCUGCUGCCUCCCCUCCCCCCUGGGCGGGCGCCAUGCGGGGGGGUCCGGGCGAAGCGGAGCGGCGGCAGCGAUGGGGUCGCCUCUUCGAGGAGCUGGACAGUAACAAGGAUGGCCGCGUGGACGUGCACGAGUUGCGCCAGGGACUGGCCCGGCUGGGAGGGGGCGACCUGGACCGCGGCGCCCAACAGGGCCUCUCCCCAGAGGGUGGUGCUGACCUAGAUGGUGGGCUGGACCUGGAAGAGUUUACCCAGUACUUGCAGGAGCGGGAACAGCGCCUGCUCCUUCUAUUCCACAGUCUGGACAGGAAUCAGGAUGGUCAUAUCGAUGCCUCUGAGAUCCAGCAGAGUUUCCGAGCUCUGGGCAUUUCCAUCUCCCUGGAGCAGGCAGAGAAAAUUCUACACAGCAUGGACCGUGAUGGCACCAUGACCAUUGACUGGCAGGAAUGGCGUGACCACUUCCUGUUGCAUUCUCUGGAGAACGUGGAAGACGUACUCUAUUUCUGGAAGCAUUCCACGGUCCUAGACAUUGGCGAGUGCCUGACUGUCCCUGAUGAGUUCUCGGAGCAGGAGAAGCUGACCGGCAUGUGGUGGAAGCAGCUGGUGGCUGGUGCAGUGGCGGGUGCAUUGUCGAGGACAGGCACAGCUCCUCUGGACCGCCUCAAGGUCUUCAUGCAGGUCCACGCCUCCAAGACCAACAGGCUGAACAUCCUGGGAGGCCUAUGGAGCAUGAUCCAAGAGGGGGGUGUGCGCUCCCUGUGGCGUGGCAACGGGAUCAAUGUGCUCAAGAUUGCACCUGAGUCGGCUAUCAAAUUCAUGGCUUAUGAGCAGAUCAAGCGGGCCAUCCGGGGGCAGCAGGAGACAUUGCACGUGCAGGAGCGAUUUGUGGCUGGAUCCUUGGCUGGUGCCACAGCCCAGACUAUCAUUUACCCCAUGGAGGUACUGAAGACGCGAUUGACCCUUCGCCGGACGGGCCAGUACAAAGGGCUGUUGGACUGCGCAUGGCAGAUCCUGGAGCGAGAAGGGCCCCGCGCCUUCUACCGUGGAUACCUGCCCAACGUGUUGGGCAUCAUCCCCUACGCGGGCAUCGACCUGGCCGUGUAUGAGACCCUGAAGAACCGAUGGCUCCAGCAGUAUAGCCAUGACUCAGCAGACCCAGGCAUCCUCGUGCUCCUGGCCUGCGGCACCAUCUCCAGCACCUGUGGCCAGAUAGCCAGUUACCCCCUGGCCCUGGUUCGGACCCGUAUGCAGGCCCAAGCUUCCAUCGAGGGUGCCCCUCAGCUCUCCAUGCUGGGUCUGCUCCGUCACAUCCUGUCCCAGGAGGGCGUGCUGGGCCUCUACCGGGGCAUCGCCCCCAACUUCAUGAAGGUUAUCCCGGCUGUGAGCAUCUCCUAUGUGGUCUACGAGAACAUGAAGCAGGCCCUGGGGGUAACAUCCAGGUGAGGGACCCAGAGCCACCCCCACGAAGAUCCCUCACCUCAGUCAUGACGUCCCGCGUACCUCAGCCACUGGAGACUGAUGGCCCAGCCAACGGAUCCCAGGGACACCCCCACACACACACUCAAACCGCAGGGUCCCCACGCUUCAUCUACUGGGUCCUGCAUCCCACGUCAAGCUGUUGGCUCCCGUGUUUCCCUGUCCCACGCACACACUGGGACCUGGACCUCAGUGUCUUAACCACUGGACCCCCCACAACCCAGCUAACCGAUCCUGAAACCCCAACCACAGGAGCACAUAUCCCCGUAUCUAAGCACUCAGACUCCAGCUCCCUCAGGCACCAGGUCCAGGGUGCUCAUACCACACUGGGUCCCAGAUCCCCAAUUCCACCGGCGGAUCCCAGAUCCCCAUGCUUUAAGCCUUGGAUAUCCAAUUUUGGCCACUGGAUUCUGGAUAUCAAGAAGCCUCAGCCACCACAUCCUGACAGUGAAAUGCCCCGAUCCUGGGGUCCCCACACUGGAUCCCAGAUCCCCUCACCCCAGCCACUGUAUUCCUGAAUUACGUGACCUCCACCCUGGAUCCCAAAUCUUUCUGCUUCAACUACUGGAUCCCUACAUUUCAACUACUACACCCUCAAACCUCGACCUGCCGGUCUCAGAUCCCCAAGCCCUGACCUGCCAGAUCCUGGCUCCUCAAACCGCAAGAGCCCAGAGGCAGAACGAGUGGGCCCCGGAUACUGGAACCUCACUCAGGAAAUGGAUCCUGACACUUCUAGGCACUAGGUCCCAACCCCUUAGUCCCUGGUUUCUGACUCCAGUCCUCCCAGGCACUGGCUCCUGAACACUCAGACCCUAUGUCUAGAUCCCAAUAGGCUGAUCACAGCAUCCUGGGUCCCACGUGUCCCCCAUCCCAAACACACACCAGAGCCCAGAGACCUCCCCCGCCAUAACACGAGUAGUAUAGGGAGCCUGCGGGAACCCCAGGUCCUGGCCUCCUGGCUCCAGAAAAUGCAUGGGACUUGUCCAGUGUCCUGCCAUGGCUAGAUGCCCCUCGCACACCUCACACUGCCACUGGGUCCACCCCCACCUCCCUCACAUGGCCACACCUCUGGGCCCUGUGGGCACACUGCUCCCUUCAGUGGUUCCCUCCAGCCCUCAGCAGCACCUUCCACUCGCUUCCCACCUUACAGGCUGAUAACCCCCAGAGCCUGGGUCCCUCUGGAGGAGCCAGCUGCUCCUUCUUGGGGGCUGGCAAGGAGGCAAUCUGAGGUGAGGGACACAUUAAAGGACCUCCCCUCAACCCCAGUACUUCCAGCCUCUUCCCAGGCUUCAAAGGUGGAAGUCAGGAGCAAAUCUACAUAGACCACCUUUCCCUAAACCCAAGCAUCCAAUUAUGCAAAAUGGACCAAAUCCCCAGAACUCACUUCUGGUCUAUUUUUCUAUGGAGAGAAGCAGACAUCUCCCAUACCCCCACUGUCACAACUAACCCAAGCCCCCAACAUCCCCUCAUACAUUCUGUACUUUAUAGUUGGAUUCUGAGCUUAGGAUAACUGGGGGACCCCUCCCUCCACUCCUCGCAAGUCCUUGGGGAACCCAUUAAAAGACUGUGGAAGAGGAACUGGGAUGUUUGUAGUGGGUGGAGGACCCCCAAGGCUUCCACCUCCCUCCACCUACACCAUACCCCACCUCCCUGCCUGUGUGUGUUAUUUCAAAGGAAAAGAACAAAAGGAAUACAUUUUCUAAGCUCUUU